AAUAUGAAUCAGAUUGAAUUUGAAAAAUUAAAAAUCCAAUUUUAUUUCAAAAUCGAAUUGAAUUGGAUUUGACAUAAGUCCAAACUAAAAGCGAAAUCAAAGGAACACCCCUAAAUUCCAAUCUCCUCCCAAAAAAAUUAUGCUCGUUUAAACAAAUACUGUAAUUUUUUCAAAAAAAAAAAUAAAAAAAUACUGUAAUUAAAAGAAAAACUCUUCAACUUCUCAUCUCAUAGUAUUAAAAUUAAGUCAUCAGUUGCUGACCUGCAUGUCUUUCUCUCUCCUCCAAAACCGGCGUCAAUUUCACCGGUGACAUCAUCGUCGUUUCGUUGUCUCUGUCAAAAAUCCACCAUUUCAAUCGUCUCAACUUCACCUACAAAACCCCCUUAAUCUCUGCUAACAAUUCAAUUUUGGUUUUUAGGGGCAAUCACUCAAACCCUAGAUCUCAAUUUUCGAUAUUCACAGUUGUUCGUGCUCUUCAAUUGAUGAAGUCGAAGGCUUUGAACGUAUCUAUUAAUUAAUGGGUGCUGAAUGCAACAUGAUCUCAGAAUCAGCUGAGUUAGUUAUUUGCCAAAAUGGAACUGAUGAGCAGCUUAAUGGAAAUAUUGACACGGCCACGAGCACGGCGAGUUUUUGCUCUCGCUCUGAUGCAAAGAAAAAGGAAAACUGUAAUAGAGAAUUGACCCUAGAAGAUCUCUGUAAUAACCCGGAUGAAUUGAUUGAUGAUGAUGAAGAUGAUCUUGAUUGGGAGCCGUUUCUCGUUCGAAGGUGGUCUUGCAUCAAUUGCACAAUGCUUAACCCAGAUGGUGUUGUUUUGUGUGAGACAUGCAAUGAGCACAAGGAAUCUGGAAUUCUUAAGCAUGGAUUUUUUGCUUCACAAGUGGCUGCUCUUUCUCCACUUGACUUGCAAGUGAAAGAAACCUUUACAGAAUCUGUAUCUGAUAUUGCAGCUGCUGGGCACUCCACUGCAAUAGGUUUUGAUGAGAGAAUGUUAUUGCACUCAGAAGUUGCAGAGAAGGUCUAUUCUCAUCCAGAAAGACCUGAUCGUUUACGAGCAAUUGCCGCUAGCCUUUCUACAGCAGGAAUCUAUCCUGGCAAAUGUCGUCCUAUUGGUGCUAGAGAAAUAACUAAAGAAGAACUAUUGAAGGUACAUACUAUGGAGCAUAUAAAUGCCGUCGACGUCACCGAGAAAAUGCUUUCUAGCUAUUUCACUCCUGAUACAUAUGCAAAUGAGCAUUCUGCGCAAGCUGCAAGGCUUGCAGCUGGUUUAUGUGCUGAUCUUGCUUCUGAGAUUUUUUCUGGACGCGCCAAAAAUGGAUUUGCCCUGAUUCGGCCUCCUGGUCAUCAUGCUGGUGUACAUGAGUCCAUGGGUUUCUGCCUCCACAAUAAUGCAGCAAUUACUGCAUUAGCUGCUCAAGUUGCUGGAGCCAAGAAGGUCUUGAUUGUUGAUUGGGAUGUACACCAUGGAAAUGGUACACAAGAUAUAUUUGACAAGAACAAGUCGGUUUUGUAUAUUUCGCUGCACAGACACGAGGGAGGCAACUUUUAUCCUGGAACUGGGGCAGCCCAUGAGGUUGGUACCAUGGGUGGUGAAGGCUACUGUGUGAAUGUUCCUUGGAGCUGUGGAGGAGUUGGUGACAAUGAUUACAUCUUUGCAUUUCAACAUGUCGUGCUUCCAAUAGCCCAGGAGUUUACCCCUGAUUUCGUUAUUAUAUCAGCUGGAUUUGAUGCAGCAAGAGGCGAUCCACUUGGUGGAUGUGAUGUCACACCUGCUGGUUAUGCUUGUAUGACUGACAUGUUGAAUAGCCUUGCGGGAGGAAAGCUGCUUGUAAUACUGGAGGGCGGGUAUAAUCUGCGAUCAAUAUCGUCAUCUGCAACAGCUGUAAUUAAGGUUUUGCUUGGCGAAAGACCUGAGAACCAAUUUAAAGGUAUUGCACCUUCCGCAGCUUGCAUGCAAACUGUCUUGGAUGUUUUGAAUAUCCAGACGAACUUUUGGUCAAGUCUCUCUUCCAACAUCAUGAAAUUGCAGUCAUGCUGGGAAUCAUACUUGGCUGGAAACAAAAGAAAAACUAAAAAAAGAAAACAUCGAGUUGUAGCACCGCCUAUCUGGUGGAAAUGGGGAAGAAAAAGGUUUCUAUAUUAUUUACACCGUCAGCGGUUUCGUGUUAAGCGCUAGUCAUUUCGAGAAACUAGUGUAUUGCUAAUUUCUGCUACAUUUGUUCUCUGUUGAUUUCUCUUCUUUUGCAGCGCAUACAUGCAGCUAGAUGGCCCUUAAAAGUUUAGUUUACAUGGUUUUUGGGUAGGAUUGUCCAUGUAAAUAUAUUUAGGUGUAGUUAAGCUGACAUUGUCACAUGGUUUGCUCAUUAUGUUUUGGUUAAUUAGUUGAUUUUAUCUCAUGAUUUGCUUAUCA